ACGCAGCGCCGAAUCUAGCAAGAAGAACGAGCGCACCUAUCGCAUCAGAUGGCCCCCUUUCACCUGUCGAAAACGGCGUGCAUUUUCGCGCCAUUUCUACAGUUCCAAUUGUUAGCUGGUAUCUCCUCGCGUGAGGUAACGUUGGAAUUUGGAAUAUUGACAAAUUACUCGAGUGCCACUUGACACGACGAGCGUGAAAGAUGGAAUCCACCGAUGAGCACGUGGACACGGAGGAUACCAUUCGCAUCCUCGUGGCCACGGAUAUUCAUCUCGGUUUCGACUACAGCAAAAAGAGAGGCGGACAAUCGGACGAGAGUUUCGUUACAUUCGAGGAGAUACUGAAGUACGGCAAAGAGAAGGAGGUGGAUUUUAUUCUGCUGGGCGGUGAUCUAUUUCACGACACUAAGCCGACGCAGGUUGCGUUACUCAAGUGCGUGGAGUUGCUGCGAAAGUAUUGCCUGGGCACUAGAGAAUGCAAGCUGCAGUUCCUGAGCGAUCCAGAAAUGGUAUUCCGACACUGCGCGCAGAAGCUUGUGAAUUAUGAAGAUUCGAAUCUGAACGUGUCGAUACCGAUAUUUACCAUCCAUGGAAAUCAUGAUGAUCCAAGUUUUGGCACUGUCGGAACGAUAGACGUGUUGUCGGCUACUGGACUUAUAAAUUACUUUGGAAAAUGGACAGACCUGACGCGCUUAGUCAUAUCUCCCAUAGUUUUGAAGAAAGGUAAUACCCACGUUGCACUUUACGGUUUGAGUUACAUCAACGACCAGAGGUUAUCGAGAUUGUACAGGGAUGAAAAGGUGGAGUUGCUGCGCCCAAAGGAUUUAGAUACUUUCAAUAUAUUCGUCUUACAUCAGAAUCGCGUCAAGCAUGGCGAUUAUGCUUAUAUACCAGAAAGUAAAUUGCACAAGUCCCUCGACUUUGUUAUCUGGGGACACGAGCACGAGUGUCGUAUCGAUCCCGAAUUCAAUGCAGAAGGUACCUACCAUAUAUCCCAACCAGGAAGCUCCAUUGUUACGUCCUUGUGCGAAAGUGAAUCCAAACCCAAGCACGUGGGUCUUCUGAGAAUAAAUAAGAGUAGUUUCCACAUGAACAGUUUAAAAUUAAAAAGCGUCCGACCAUAUGUUUUUGAGAAUAUGAUUCUCCGCGAUCUUGAUAUUAAAGUAGGGGAUUGCGUCUCGGUGGCAGACUCUGUAAGCCAGUAUGUGGAUCAGUAUAUCGAACAUGAGCUUAUGCCUAGGGUCGCUAAACAACUCACAGGAUAUCCUAAUCAACCGAUCCAACCUUUAAUUCGAUUAAGAAUAUUUUAUGAUGAUGAGAAUGAACAAUUUGAUACAUUAAGUUUGGCGCAAAAGUACUGUGAUGAAGUUGCUAAUCCAAUGGACAUGAUCUUGUUUCGUAAAUUGAAGAGCGGAGACAAAGCCAAACGUGAUAUUCAUGAUGGAAUAGAUGAUCUCGAUGAUAUUACCGAAUUAUUCCAGGGAGAUGCAGGGCAGGAGUGGACUAGUACGGUGCCAGGAGGAAUCAAGAAAUAUUUUAAUAUGGAAGAAAAUAGAGAUAAGUUAACAGUAUUGACUGCGACGGCAUUGAAUGAAGCUUUAAAUCGAUAUGUUGAAUUCAGUGAUACAGAUGCCUUUAAGAACAUCGUAAGAGACCAAAUGGAAAGGACCAUUCGAUUUGUACAAGAGCAAGAUACUGCGACACCAGAAGAUAUUCGCGAACAAAUUAAAAUUUUCCGCGACAUAAGGCUAUUAGAGGAACAUGAGGAGCAGAAAUGUGCUCAGGAAGCAUUAAACAGGUCACCGCAAAGUCCUAGAAAGCAGUCUCGCACUACCAACGUGAUACUUGACAGCAAUGACAGUGAUGAAGAUUCAACAUUAUCGACUAAGACUCGAGGAAGGGGUAGAGGUAGAGGUUCUAGAGGCGGUAGAGGAUCCAGAGGAGGCCGCGGUAGAGGAAAAUCUAAUGAAAAGAGUGCCUGUAUCGCAGAAAUGCUGAGUUCAGCCGCGCAGUCAAAGAGAAGUCGCGGACCAUGCAUUGUUAUAAGUGAUUCCGACUAAGUAUUAAAUGCACACGCACAUAUGAAAGUGAACACUAUUUAUAUAUGUCUUGUAUAAAAGUGAACAUUAUUUUGUACGAUUACAAGAGUUUAAUAAACAUUAUGUUCCUAUA